AUGGCCGCGUCCACCCUGUCCGUCUGCUCCAGCGACCUGAGCUAUGGCAGCCGCGUCUGCCUGCCCGGGGCCUCGGACUCCUGCCCCGACCCCUCCUGGCAGGUGGACGACUGCCCAGAGAGCUGCUGCGAGCCCCCGUGCUGUGCCCCGGCCCCCUGCCUGACCCUCCUGUGCGGCCCCUCCUCCCCCUGCCAGGGAGACUGCUGCACCCCUGCGUGCUGCAAGCCCGUCUGCUGCACCCCUGUGUGCUGCAAGCCCGUCUGCUGCACCCCUGUCUGCUGUGAGGACUCCCCCUGCACAACCUCUUCAUGCUGCCAGCUGUCCUGCGGCCCCUCCUCCCCCUGCCAGGGAGACUGCUGCACCCCUGCGUGCUGCAAGCCCGUCUGCUGCACCCCUGCGUGCUGCAAGCCCGUCUGCUGCACCCCUGUCUGCUGCAAGCCCGUGUGCUGCACCCCUGUCUGCUGCCAGGACUCCCCCUGCACAACCUCUUCAUGCUGCCAGCUGUCCUGCGGCCCCUCCUCCCCCUGCCAGGGAGACUGCUGCACCCCUGCGUGCUGUAAGCCCGUCUGCUGCACUCCUGUUUGCUGCAAGCCCGACUGCUGCACCCCUGUCUGCUACAAGCCCGUGUGCUGCACCCCUGUCUGCUGCCAAGACUCCCCCUGCACAACCUCUUCAUGCUGCCAGCUGUCCUGCGGCCCCUCCUUCCCCUGCCAGGGAGACUGCUGCACCCCUGAGUGCUGCAAGCCCGUCUGCUGCACCCCUGUGUGCUGCAAGCCCGUCUGCUGCACCCCUGUUUGCUGUGAGGACUCCCCCUGCUCAGCCCCCUCCUGCUGCCAGCCCAGCCCCUGCUGCAGACCCUCCUCCUGCGUGUCCCUGCUCUGCCGCCCCGUGUGCCCCCGCCCUGCCUGCUGCGUGCUCGCCUCGGGCCAGUCCUGCUGCUGAUGGGCACGUCCCCCCACUGCUACUAGGACUCCCACCCAAAGUAUUCGGAGCCUCGAGCCCAGUCUGGGGUCUCCUUCUGCCCCCAGGUGCCCACCGCAGCAGACAAGGCUGAGCCCUCACUGUCGGGCUGGCCCCCUGGGGCAGCUGCAGCUUCCCGAGGGCCCUGUGUGUCACCCGGUGUCCUCCUCUCUAUCAUAGCCGGAUUGAGGUCACUUUGUCCUGUCCUACGUGAGCGACCUAUCUGUUAACCAAUAAAGUCACCGUCAGCCCCUC